CAAUUAUCACCAUUUUUGACCGAAAAAAAAAUUAAUAAAAUAUUUUCCAAAAUUCGUACUGUCAUGGAGCCCUCGACUAUUGUAAAAUUGGAUGUUGGCGGCAAAAUUUUCAAGACGACAAUUUUCACAUUGUGCAAGCAUGAUUCAAUGCUUAAAACUAUGUUUUGUACGGAUGUGCCGGUGACAAAAAACGAGGAAGGAAGUGUAUUCAUAGAUCGAGAUUCCAAACAUUUCCGACUAAUUUUGAAUUUCCUCCGAGACGGUCAAAUAGCCCUACCGGAUUCCGAUCGUGAAGUUCGAGAAGUUCUUGCAGAAGCCAGUUAUUUUCUAUUAGACCCACUGAUUGAGCUAUGCGGGGAACGAUUGGAACAGUCACUCAAUCCCUAUUAUCAUCUGGUUUCAACAGUGUUAGAAGCCAGAAAGAUCAUUUUUGCAACCGAAAAGCCAAUUGUGGUGUUGAGAUUGCCGGUAUACAUUGCCACGAGUGGAAAUCAAAGCUAUUAUUUCAGCGAGACAAAGUUUCGAGAAUUGUCUGAGGAAUACCACAAACACGUGGCUUUUAUCUUAAUAACCGAGCCGGAGUUCAACGAGGAUUGCUCAUGGAGCUUCUUCCUUCGCGCCAAGAAAAUCACCGCAAGAAUAAAGGGUCCAAUGGACUGUAAUCUAGUGGAAGAGUGCAUGCAAAAACUGUUGAAAGACGCCGAGAAAAGAAGACGUGGCACUAAAUCGUUUUUCAACGAAAUUCCUAUGGAACUCGUGGAGCACGAAGAGCUGCAUUGAAAUCAACGGAAACUCGAUAAAUUCUAGAUUUUUGUAUAUUUAUUUAUUUUGUAAAAAUAAAUAUUGUUGUACAUGUUUUUAAAAAAUGUGCAAAA